UGGAACCUUUAUUGUUCAUGCACUAAUUCCACUGAAAAUGUAUCUGUUUGAAGCUGCCAAGUUGGGCACUUUGCACUUUCCAUUUUGAGAUGCCACUAAAAUAAGAAAUGAAUGUCUGGUGAUUAUUUUUGCUUCUUGUACCACAAGAAUAAGUGAACAAGUACAACUCUCUGACUACAUCGAAAAUGAAGGGGGAGAUGAAGACCAUGUUGUUCAAAUUCAACAAGUUACAAUAUGCAACCAGAGAAAUGUUGUUAAUCUUGUUGUUUAUCUUAGUUCUGUUUUACUUAAGGUGGAUUAGUAGUCAUAACGAUCAGUAUCAUCAGCUAAUUACAAAUCGGAGCACAGACAAAUUAAACAAACAAAUAUUCAUAUUAGCAGGGCAGAGCAACAUGGCCGGCCAAGGCGGAGUACACAACUUCACUUGGAAUCGUAUUAUACCUCGCGAAUGUCAACCUGAUCCAUACAAUAUUCUUCGAUUAAAGGUAAAUAUGAAGUGGGAGAUUGCACACGAACCCCUUAAUUACGCGGUUGAUUGUCUAGAAAGUUGUGGAGUUGGUCCUGGAAUGGUAUUUGCUAAUGCAAUUCUUAAAAGAGAUCCAAAUUUCGGGGUGAUUGGUUUAGUGCCAUGUUCAAGAUCAGGUACUGGAAUCGAUUUAUGGGAUCGUGGGAAUUUCCCUUAUGAACAAUUGUUAAGUAGAGCUAAGGUUUCUCUUAGAGAUGGCGGAAUAAUUAGAGGACUAUUGUGGUACCAUGGUGAAAGUGAUUCAAAACGCCAGAAGAUUCCAAGACAUUAUAAGUCCAAAUUAAUAAAGUUCAUUCGAGAUUUACGUGCUGACUUGAAUUCUCCAAUCCUUCCUGUUGUUAUGGUUGUUUUACAUUAUCCAAAAGAAGAAUUAGCAAAAAAAUUUAAAUUUGUAAAUGUAGUGAGACAAGCACAGAUGGAUAUUGAUCUUCCAAAUGUAAUAAAGGUGGAUGCUAAAGGUCUACCAGUGGGUUCUGAUGGCAUUCAUCUCACAACCCAAGGCCAAAUCCAACUUGGUAAUAUGAUGGCUCAGGCAUUUCUCACCACCAAAUUUCAAUCUGUUAAAUUCAACUCAAACAAGAUUUAUCAUAUGAUGUAGCUAGUAGUCUCAAUCUAUGUAGCUCGAACUCUCCAAAAAUGUCCUUUGAUGUGCGUCCGGUCCUUCCAAAGUACAACGUUUUUGAAGAAUCCGACACGAGUAGGACAACAAAUUUUGGCCUACUUGUAUGUAUUCAUAAUGGUACAACUUACAAGUUUCAUAAUUUACUAAAGUGGAGUCAGAGGCGGAAUCAGAAUUUGAAACUUAUGAUUCAGGAUUCUAGUGCUUGUGGAUGCUAAACUUAAUCCGAAUAAAUAUUUAGACCAAAG